AACUAAUUCCAAACACGAAGAAGAAGAACUAAAAUUGCAAGUAUAAACAUGGAACCUGAAUUUAACAAUAAAACAGCUACAGAUGCAAGAAAUAUCGAUGGAAGUGUCAGUUUUCCCCAUGUUACAGCUCUUGCUACAGGGUGGAUGCUGGACUUCCUGUUUGUAAGCCUUUGUCGGCGUUUCAAGGAAGGCAAAUUUGACGAAUUCAGUGAAACUCUUUCGGUUUUCCAGGCCAUUUCUGAGAGUUCAUCUCUCAAAGGAGACCUCUAUGGUGAGAAAACGAUGAUAUGUGCCUUCCUCGCAAGAGUCAUGCAUGGAAAGCAGUUGGAUGUCCGGUUUGAGGAGGACAACCAUGUGAUGCCUCUUAUGUCUGCUGCCAAAAUAUGGUCAAAACUAGAAGACUCUGUGGCAGAUGAAAGUGUGUUCAGAAAUAUUACCAUUCUUUUGUUUGUCCAGUCUGUAGCUGUAUGCUUGGAGAAAGGCCAAAGAUCUUCUGCCUCCUCCGCCCUAAAGUGGUUUGAGAAUAACCAUUACCUCCCACAGAACUUGGGAGUCAAGCUGACAACAAUAGUGAGAAAGAGGGAAACUUAUCACCCAUUCCUCUUGAGCUUCAGCUUCAGCCGCCUGCUGGAGACAAUCCAGUCCUACUUGGUUGCUUACCUGGAGAAGAAUCCUUCUGACUACCUUCUUAAGGCAGCCACUAAGAUGGUCCUGUCAUCACAGAACAGUGAGGGUUUGGAGGACACAGCGACACAGGCAAGCUCUCUCUCAGAAACAGCUAACAAAUCAACAGAAAAGGAUCGAAAGGAGAGUAGUGUGUGUUUGAGAACAAAACGGAAACUACUCUCAACUAAUAUCCCUGAUGUAUGGAAACCUGAUACCUGUAAGAAGCUUUGUGUGUCUGUCAGAAGACUCUCCAAGAAUGAGUUAUCUCAAGUAACAUCUGAGACAUCAAGGGAGACAGCAAAGAUCCAAAAAAGAAGAAAACCACCUCAGAAAUGGACACCCGAGCUGGACAAAUACCUCAAGGCUGGUGUUCAGCGUCACGGCCAGGGGAAAUGGGCCCGCAUAUUAAUGGAUUACAACUUUGAAGGACGCACUGGAACCAUGCUCAAAGACCGCUGGAGAGUUUUAAUGAGGGCACAUGAAGUUGGCUGAAGAGGUAGAGCGUCCCCUUAACUUGUACAGUGUAGAAAUUUGCCUGUAAAAUCAUUGACUUAUCCAUUCCACUUAUUUUUAAUUACUGAAAGUGUUCCUUUAUGUUACUGGUGUGUUAAACUUUGCUGCUGCUGCUCUUUGCACCAAGAAAUAUACCACUAGAGGGCACUAACACAGAACAAUGAAUUGGGCUAUUUGCAUUGCUUUCUAUAUUAGAGACAUUAGAUGAUCGUAUACCAAAUCUUUAAUCGUGCCACUCUAACUUGUGCAGUGUAGUCUUGAAUAACACAUGGGAUUAGUAAAUUCACUCAUUUAAAAAUUUUCAGCUGAUUGGAUAAACUGUUGAAAUUGUUCCUUUUAUCAUGUGGGUGUGUUUUGAUUUGCAGCUGCUCUGUUUGCACCAAGCAAAUUUCUUACCGCCACCUGGAGG